AUGAGCAGUCUGGAUUGUCCAAUCGUUUCGGUUAACGUGCGUAUUUGGCGAUUUUGGUCGUUUUUCUACAAACACGAUGCCAUGCGGUAUCUCGGCAUCAUUCCGAUAACCGUGAUGAAUGUGUUUAUGCUCUUCGAUUUGUGUCGAUCAUGGAAUAACUAUGACAAUAUGAUCAUCAAUGCGUAUUUCGUUGUGCUGUGGUUUGAUGCGGUGCUCAGAGGGCUGGUUUUGAUAUUCAACCGUGGCAAAUUUGAACACUUUCUAGAGAGAAUAGCCGUCGAAUACAAGAAGAUUGAGACAACUGAUGAUUAUUUUAUACGGUGGACUGUGUCGAACUUUACUCGACAAGCUAGAAUGCUAUCCUUUGGCAACCUGUGCCUAGGAGGCAUCAUAUGUACGUGCUUCGCAGUGUAUCCACUGUUUGCCGGUGGCCGUAAAUUGCUUUACGGCGUGUACAUUCCUACAAUAAAUGAAUUCGAUUCGCCACAGUAUGAAAUUUUAUAUGUGAUACAGGUUUUGCUGCUAUUUCCUGGCAGCUGUAUGUACAUACCGUUUCCCAGUUUCUUCUCAUCGAUUACAUUAUUCGGACUAAUUCAGAUCAAGACAUUGCAGUAUCAGUUAACAACUCUUGGCGACACUUCGAAAGGGAAAGAUGCUCGUAAUCUUAAUUUAAUAGUGAAUAAUUUGAUUGAGGAUCACUUGCAUAUUAUCAACUAUGUCCAGGAUGUUAAUUUACUAUUUUCCAACAUCUGUUUAGCCGAGUUUCUUAUGAGUGGAAUUUUAAUGUCUGCUUUGCUGUUUUUUCUAAGCAUAUGUGAAAACCGAGCUCAAAUCGUAAUCAUUAUGGUGUACAUUUUAAUGAUAAUUACGCAAUCUUUCGUUUUCUACUGGCAAGCCAAUGAGGUACGCGAAGAAAGCAUGGGAAUCGCCAAGGCUGCAUACAGUGCUCCGUGGAUCGAGAUGGAUGUUUCGGUUAAGAAAAAACUUUUGCUAAUUGUUCUUCGGGCACAGCGGCCACUGGAGAUAAAGCUGGGUAAUGUUUAUCCGAUGACAUUGGAGUUGUUUCAAUCGUUGAUGAACGCAUCCUACUCGUAUUUUACUCUCCUAAAACGAGUUCAAAAUUGA